UUGGUGCAAUCCGUAAUGGAGGCGGAGCCUUACAGAUCAGCAGCCAGCGUGCUGCUCCCAUGACCAUUAGAGCUGAACUUCAGUAGCGGCUGCUGCAGCUUUUUACGUCACUGUAUGACUGACUUCGGGCAGGAGUACAGUCACGGGCCGGCAUAGCAGAGAUGGAGCAGCAGCAGCAAGCCCAACAGCAAGUUGUGACUCUGAACAAUGGUGUCACCAUGCCCCUCCUUGGUCUGGGUACAUUUCGUUUGCGAGGGUUAGAAAAUCUGAUUCGUGCUGUAGAUGCUGCACUGGAAUGUGGUUACCGCUCAUUUGACACCGCCUCUGUGUAUCGCAAUGAGGGUGACCUGGGUGAGGCUUUGCGCCAGCUCCUGCCUAAGUAUGGAUUAAGCCGCUCUGAAAUCUUCAUUACUAGCAAGCUAUCGCCUGCUGAUCUGGGUGCAGGUGCACGCGAAGCUUGUUUGAAGAGCUUGACUGACUUAGGCUGUGACUACUUUGACCUCUAUUUGAUUCAUUGGCCAGGGAAGCAGGGCUGGCGGAGUGAUGAUUCCCGUAACAGAGCCACUAGAGAAGAAAGCUGGAAAUCCAUGGAGGACUUAUAUCUUGCUGGCAUUAUUAAGGCACUGGGGGUAUCCAAUUACACGGAGACUCAUCUGUUGCAGCUGUUAGGGUCAUGCCAUGUGCUACCUGCUGUGUUACAGGUGGAAUUUCAUCCACGUCUCCGACAAACUGCCCUUCUCCACUGGUGUAAGCAAAAUGGGAUCCACCUGCAGGCGUAUUCUUCUCUGGGAUGUGGGGAACUUUUGGAAAAGGAAGAAGUGAAAAAAGUGGCAAACACCCAUGGUCGCACUCCUUCCCAGAUAUUGCUUAAGUGGGCACUCCAGCAAGGUGUGGGAGUCAUUCCCAAAGCCUCUGCACCUGAGAGAAUCAAAGACAAUUUUAGGGUGUGGGACUUUGAAGUGAGUAAAGAAGAGGCUGAGUAUCUGAGUGGAGAUGGCAUAGAGAGGAGGUACUGCUGGGACCCUACUGGAGUGGCAUAGCAUUCUAUUCUGAUGGCAUACACAAACUGUGUCUUUACCUUAGCUGCCACAAGUGACAAAUUCUCUCUAUGUAAAACCAAACAUGCAUGCCUUUAACCA